CCUCUAACAAGUUGGUCCGUCUAUAUGAAAUUUAACGUGUAAGGCCAUGAUUUUGUUGUCAUCGUUAUAUAAUUGGUUUGAUUUUUGUCAAUGGAUAAUUAACCCAAAAUUUAAGUGAGGAUGGAUGCCCGUCGAAAAUCUAGCGAUGAUCAAGUUGUUAUUAACUUGCCUGAGGUUACGCUAAAAUCCAACCCGUCCUUACCCACAAAUUAUUCCAAUGCCAAUACCAUCAACGCUGAGUUACAGGGUGAUCAGUUAAAGAAGCAUCCCCAAUCAAUUAGUACUCUUAGAAAGAGAGCCACUCUACGCCGUCUUAGCUUCUCAAAACCUCAAUCUAGAAACACUGAGUUCAACUACACCCAUCCCAAAAAAAGGGUCUCUAAAGAGUUUGAGAUUGAUCGGACGGGUUCAGGUUCAACUAUUUGGGAAGAAGAGACGAGUAAAAGUUGUAAUGGUGUUGAUCGUAGUAGUACGGACUCCUCCUCUGAUUCUUCGUCAGAGGAGGAUUCGGAAGAAGAAGAGGAGGAAGAAAAGAGUGAGGGUCAACAAUAUAAUAACAUUAACAAAAAGAAAUGGAAGAUCCAUUGGAAGAGAGUAAUAGAGUGGUCAAUAUUUUUUGUUAUAUUGACUUGCUCCAUACUUUCCGUCACUUUGCACACCCUUCGUAACCACCAUGUGAAGGGCCUAUUUCCGUGGUGGUGGUGCUUGUUGGCGAUGGUGGUGUUUAGUGGCCGCCUUUGCGCCGGGUGGCUUGUGAGUUUCUUGGUGUUUGUGAUAGAGAGGAACUUGAUGUUAAGGGAGAAAGUAUUGUACUUUGUGUAUGGGUUAAGGAAGAGCCUUCAAAAUUGUAUAUGGUUAGCACUUGUGUUGAUAGCAUGGACAUUUAUGUUCGAUGCCAAAGUGCACCAUAGUAAUAGGGUGGUCAAGAAAGUGUCUCAAUUGCUUGUAGCCGUUCUGGUUGGAGCAAUCAUAUGGUUGGUUAAGAUUGUGAUGGUCAAGAGCCUUGCUUCGUCUUUCCAUGUUAGGACUUAUUUUGAUCGUAUGAAGGAAAGUGUCUUUCAUCACUGCAUACUAGACCGGCUUUCAGGUCCGCCCCUCAAUGAACUAGUAUGUGAAGAACAUAAACCAAUCUUAGGAGCAAACUCUCUGCCUACAAAAUGGAAGCAUGCUAAGAACGCAAUUAGAUCAAAGAGAUAUGGAGCAAAGAAGGUGGAUAUGGAAAAGCUCAACGAUCUAAGUAAGGAAACUCCGGCGUCGAUUUGGAGUUUGAAGAGGUUGAUGAAGCACAUUAGAUCUUCUGGUUUGUCCACACUUUCACAGAAUGUUUAUGAAUUUGGGACAGCUGAAACUGAGAUUACAAGUGAGUGGCAAGCUAGAAGUUCUGCCAAACGCAUCUUCAAGAAUGUUGCAAAAAGUGGUGCCAAGUACAUUGAGGAGGAUGAUCUAUCAAAGUUCUUGAAGAGGAACGAGAUUCAUGAAAUAUUCCCUCUUUUCGAAGGAGCAUUAGAGACCGGAAAAAUCACCAGGUCCUCGUUUAGAAAUUGGGUGGUAAGGACUUAUUUCGAAAGAAAGGCUCUGGCACAUUCAUUGAACGACACAAAAUCAGCAGUGAAACAACUUCACAAGAUAGCUUCAGCAAUUGUCAGUGUGAUAAUCUUUGUGGUGUUUCUUUUGCUGAUGGGAUUAGCAUCAACACAAGUAGUCGCAUUUGUCAUCACACAAAUGGUUGUACUAGGAGUCAUCUUUCACAACAGCUGCAAGAUCAUUUUCGACUGUAUAAUUUUUGUGUUUGUCAUGCAUCCUUUCGACAUAGGAGAUCGUUGUAAAGUUGAUGGUGUUCAGAUGAUUGUAGAAGAGAUGAAUAUACUAACAACAGUGUUCCUGAGGUAUGACAUGGAGAAGAUCUACUAUCCAAAUUCCUCUUUACUAACAAAGUCAAUCAGUAAUUUCUACAGAAGUCCGGACAUGUGGGACACAAUUCCUAUCACCAUUGAUAUGUCCACUCCUCUUGUAACUAUAAACGCGCUCAAGAAGGCAACACAAAGCUACAUUGAUAGCAAGCCAAAUCAUUGGAACUCAAAACAUAGUUUCGUAGUUACUGACCUUGAAGACUUGAACAAGAUGAAGAUGGGCUUAUCAGUGCAACAUACCAUCAACCACCAAAACAUUAUCGAACGCAACGUUCGAUUAGGUGAACUUAUGUUGGAUUUGAAGAAAAUUUUUGAGAUACUUGGUAUCAAAUAUCACCUUCUUCCACAAGAGGUCCACCUAACUCAACUCAAUAUCGAUAAACCGUUGCCAACAGUAGGCGUAAACAAAACUAUCUGAAAAUCAGGAUAUUAUAUUGGAUAUCGAAAAAUUUAUGCUAUAUAUGGAUUAACGGAUGUGUCCGAUAAUCCCUAAUCCGAAAAUUUUGUAUAUAGUGAAAUAAUACAGAUAUCAUUUUUUAUUACGGAGUAUUAUUUUGGAUCAGAUAUUUGACCCGUGCUAGGCUUUAGAGUUUAGCCAACAGGGUCAAUUACCAUCUUGAUAUCCCAUGUAAUAAAGAUAGUGUUUUGUAAAUCCAUUAGUAUGAAAUUAUCAUAUUAGGCUAUGA